ACAACAUGCUGUUCAAAGAAGUGAUAAAAUAUAGCACCUGUUGUUUUGAAGCUUUUUAAUUGUUUGGUUUUAUUCGUCGUUGCGAAUAUGGCAACAAAAAUGUUAAUUCUGCUUGUUGGAUUAUCUGUGAUAUGUUUAGCCCAUGGACAAAACCGUUUUGUCGUUAAUGACGGAGUUGGGACAGUGAUUGGGAAAUCCGAGGGCUUCUCUUCACUGUCUGAAACAAAAGCAAUUACAGCACUGUCUGAUUCAAUAAAGGUCAAUAUCCACUGUAGAAACGACGCUUACAAUGGACUUGUUUGCUCUGCUGAUUAUCCAGACCAAUGUAAAGAACAAUGGAACUUCCCAAACCCAUGUACUCAAAAUAACAUCGAUAUGAACGUUACAAAAUUUGUGCAUCCUUUCGAUAAAACCAAAUUCUUGAUGUGUGGGCAGCUUGGCAAACUUUACAUCGUCCAAUGUCCCCAAUACGAGUUGUUCCACGAGGGAUGUGGUCAAUGCAUUGGGGAAGGAGCGUCGCUUACAGCGUCUUGUGGCGAAGUACCAUAUCCACCUGUAAACAACAAUCCAUGCACACGGGAGGCAAUUCUUGCCAACAAGUUGUUCUUCCCUUUCCGUGGAAACCUUUCUCGGUUCAUUCACUGUGACAUAUGGGGAAAGCCGUGGGAAAGAAUAUGUACACCUGGAGAGGUUUGGAGUAUAUGGGAUAACACGUGUGUAUUACCGCAUCUUCUUAAUCCUUGUAACAGACCGACAACUGACAUAAACUACUUGUACGGCCAUCCUUGCGAUCCUGCAAAAUAUCUGACUUGUGAUAUUCAAGGACGAGCACAUGAGAUUAAUUGUGCAAGAGGCGAGGCUUUCGAUGAGAAAACACAAAGAUGCCGAGAGUAUAGACACUUUAAAGACCAAAUACUGAGUAGUUACUGCGAACAUUACGUGUUUGGAUUUAGGCAGUAUCAUGGUAAAGAUGGUGUUGCAAUAGACUCUGUAGUGACAGGGGAUUCCAGAGGUUCUGGUAGAGCCAUUUCAGGAAUAACAGGUCAGGGAUUUCAGAGGGACAACAAAGGUUUCACCAUUGACAGAACAAUUAGAAAGGCGGACGGUACGGUCUCAGUAAUACGCGAUUCAUCUACACAAGGACUGAACAUAAAUUUAGAUUUAAGGGGCGGCUCAGUAGAUAGACAGACCGACUUACAAGGACAGGGAGACGGUACUGCAGCGUUCGACAGGACUACACAGAUCCGAGGCGGAUCUUUAACUGGACAGAUAAAAACAGAUGGGCAGGGACAAUUUGGUGGUAGUUUAAAUGUAAAUAGAGGUUCAGUGAGUGGAGGUAGCUCUGGCACGAUUGGAGAAAGUUCAUUUGAACAAGGAUUUAACAGCGGUUCAUCCAGAAACUUUGUUGAUAUUCGAGAAAAUUCACUGUUAAAUGGCCCAGGUACUGCAGAAUUUGUUGACAUCCGCAAUGCGGGCACUAGCGGAAACAGUGCUAAUAUGAUUGACAUCCGUGGAGAAAAAGGCAUUGGUACAAGCGGCAUGGUAGAUAUCCGAAGUAGCGGGGGUGGAUUGGAUGUUACUGGUGGUAUGACUGAUAUUAGAAAUCAACGUACUGGUGGCAUUGGUAUGGUUGAUAUUCGUACAGGACAAACCACUGGUACAAGAAAAAUGGUAGAUAUUCGUGGGAAAACCACUGGAAAUGGUAUGGAUGUCAUCGGUCAAGGAUCUGACGGUAUGACUGAUAUUAGAAAUCAAGGUACUGGGGCUAAUGGCAUUGGUAUGGUUGAUAUUCGUACAGGACAAACCACCGGGACAAGAAAAAUGGUAGAUAUUCGUGGGAAAACCACUGGAAAUGGUAUGGAUGUCAUCGGUCCAGGAUCUGGUAGUAUGACAGAUAUUAGAAAUCAAGGUACUGGGGCUAAUGGCAUUGGUAUGGUUGAUAUUCGUACAGGACAAACCACCGGGACAAGAAAAAUGAUAGAUAUUCGUGGGAAAACCACUGGAAAUGGUAUGGAUGUCAUCGGUUCAGGAUCUGGUAGUAUGACAGAUAUUAGAAAUCAAGGUACUGGGGCUAAUGGCAUUGGUAUGGUUGAUAUUCGUACAGGACAAACCACUGGGACAAGAAGAAUGGUAGACAUUCGUGGGACAACCACUGGAAAUGGUAUGGAUGUCAUCGGUCAAGGAUCUGGUAGUAUGACAGAUAUUAGAAAUCAAGGCACUGGGGCUAAUGGCAUUGGUAUGGUUGAUAUUCGUACAGGACAAACCACCGGAACAAGAAAAAUGGUAGAUAUUCGUGGGAAAACCACUGGAAAUGGUAUGGAUGUCAUCGGUCAAGGAUCUGGUAGUAUGACAGAUAUUAGAAAUCAAGGUACUGGUGGCAUUGGUAUGGUUGAUAUUCGUACAGGACAAACCACUGGGACAAGAAAAAUGGUAGAUAUUCGUGGGCAAACCACUGGAAAUGGUAUGGAUGUCAUCGGUCAAGGAUCUGGUAGUAUGACAGAUAUUAGAAAUCAAGGUACUGGUGGCAUUGGUAUGGUUGAUAUUCGUACAGGACAAACCACCGGGACAAGAAAAAUGGUAGAUAUUCGUGGGCAAACCACUGGAAAUGGUAUGGAUGUCAUCGGUCCAGGAUCUGGUAGUAUGACAGAUAUUAGAAAUCAAGGUACUGGGGCUAAUGACAUUGGUAUGGUUGAUAUUCGUACUGGGCAAACCACUGGGACGCUGGGUGCGGGUGAUAUUACAGGCCAGCAAAGCAGCAGAUUUGUAGACAUUCGUGCUACCAGAACUGAGACUGGAAUUAGUGGGGAUGGUAUUGGAUCCAGUGGCAUGGUAGAUAUUCGUGGCAGCGACGGAACCGGAACAGGUCGAAUGGUGGACAUUCGUGGUUCUCAGUCCAAUGUAUCAGGCACUCAAAUCGGCACAUCAGAUGGGCGUAUGAUCGAUAUAAGAAAUAUCGGAUCCGGCGGCGAUAGAACUGUAGAUAUAGGUGCCGAUAAAACCCGUUUAUCUAGCAAUUUUCUUGAUAUCCGUAAAGGUCCUGUCGACGGCGGAUUUGUAGAUGUCAGUGGUACUCAGAAUGCCGUGGGUGGCGGUAUGGUUGAUAUCAGAGCUCAGGGAAGCGGGACGAACAGUGGCAAAAUGGUGGAUAUCCGUGGCGGAAAAGCUAGUGGUACAAACAGUAUGGUUGACAUCCGCGGAGGUUCAACCGGAGGUGGAAUGGUGGAUAUCCGAGGUUCUAAAAGAGAAGGAACUGGUGGUAUGAUAGAUAUUACAGGAGGCUCUACUGGUAAUGGUAUGGUAGACGUUCGCAGGGGAAGCGGUUCUAAAACUAUGAUAGACAUUAGAGGGUCAAGGACAUUAGACGGAACUGGAGUAGAUACGUUAGACCCUGUUACAGGUCAAGGUCAAGCAAACUGGGUUCGAAGGGGUCAAGUUUCGAGUCAAACAUCAAAUGCUCAAUUGACAGGAAUAAUGAACCAACAAAAUCAGGGCUCGCUUACAACUGGAAACCGAAAAGGAAUUGGCAGCAUUUCGUCGUUUGAUAUAAGGAACCAGUUGGGACUUAAUGGUCAUGCAGGCACAGCAAACGUUGAUUCAACUAGAACCAUUAAAACUGACACAAUAAGGAUCAGUGGAACAACUGACACUGCCGGACAAGGAGCACAAGGGAGAGGAACAAUGAAUAAGCUUCUGAACACGUGGAACCAAAUAAUUGGAACUGACUCCUCCGGUACAAGGCGAGAUACAUUAAUCCAAACGGGUAUGAAUCAAGCUGGUAACAGGUUUGGUACAUCUAAUUCAAUUCAUCCUUCUCGCCUUAGAAUGUAUGACUACUCUGAUAUUCCGUACAAUGAGCCUUGCACACAAAAAAAUAUUGACGAAGGAAGAACACAUUUCAGAUAUAGGGGCUUCCCGCACAGAUUUUUACAGUGUGACGCAUCUGGUUAUAUGUACGCUAUGAACUGCACACAAACAGAUUGGUUCGAUGUGUAUACCAACACAUGUGUUGACGGUCCUAUUCAUGUUGAUAACAGAGUCCAGUAGCGUUAUCAUAAAAAUAUUCAUAAGCAUACGUAAAUAUUGUCGUGACUGUAUAUACAAUUACAUGUUGAAACGUAUAUUUUUCAUAUUAGUUGUACUCGACCAGGUGUUGAUCUUGUACGACUGGAACUCUUAAUAUAGACGUUCAUUGAUCUGUCCAGCGAUUUGUCACAAAGUGGCUCUGGAUGUGUCCUUGAAAUAUAUAUUUAAUACUAUGGUCACCGAUGGACGAACAUUCGUGAGUUAUAUUCCCAUCACUUGCAUAGAUAUGAAAGUAGCUGAAUAAGGAAUUUUGACAAUAAAAUCUAUAAGAAUAUCCAUUGGAAGCAUAGAAUGCAACUAAGCAAAUAAAUAGCAGACCCGAGUUAAAUGCGUCUGUUUAUGAGAGGUACUGGAAAGUGUAACACCCCUCAUGCCCCCCCCCCCCCCCUCCCCCCCACACACACCCUCAGCACCGGCUUUUAGCGGAUUUCCAAUACAUAGAUAUUGAAUGAACUCUAUGAUCCCAAAGGGCUAGAAAAUAUAACAAUGAAACCAAUUUCGGGGAGAAUUUUCACGGCUGGCCUAUGGCAGUAAAAAUACUGAUAUUAUAGUUAAUAAAAUAUGUAAGAAGAUCCUCUGGAAGCAUAGAAUGCCAUUAAGCAAAACAAUAGCAGACACGGUUUGAUUAUUGUGUUGGCUUUAAGACCACAUGUGUUUUAACUUGGAUUAAACACAUCAGAAUAAAGUACAAAAACUGCAGGCCUUUAUUUCCUCUUCUCGGUUAACAAUACAUCGUGUAAAUUUACCUGUGUUGGGAGACCAAUUGUUAACAAAGGUCACUUCUUCGUUUCAUGUAGGUAAUCUUUACUGACUGUAUAUCGUAUCUUUCUAAGCUGAUACAUUCUAUCCACCGAAAGCCUCCCUGAAAUAUAUAUGAGCCGCACUAUAGUGCAUUUGUGACCAGCAUGGAUCCAGACCAGCGCCAUGUUGUUCGCUAACGGUUUCUCUUAUUGCAUCAAACCGAACAGCAUGGAUCUGCGUGCGGCUAUGGAAACACAUUUUGUCUAUACGAAAUAAGGAUUAGUCUUUGUAAUUCGGGUAGAGAUUGUGAUCAAGACGAAGCCUGUGUAAAUUUAAGAAAUAAUAAGUUCCCAAACGUAGUUUAUCGUAGAAUAACCCGUGUUUUGAGUUCUUAUGCGUAAGAAUAUAUCACGAAGGCCGUAGGCCUGAGUGAUAUACCAUUACGCUUAAGAACGAAAAACUAGGGUUAUUCUACGAUAAAUCACAAUUGGGAACUUGUUUUUUCGAUUCUAACACGACAUACUAGUAUCAACAGUGUUAGAAAAAAUAGUAACUACUUUUUACGACCGUGCUACGCACUUGGAUCGGAUGACGUCAUUGCACGCGAGUGGUUUAUUGCAGAAUAACUCGAGAUAGAUUUUGCUCUACAUGUAUGUAAGUUAUUCGCUGGUCGUGUUAGAAUAUGCAUUUUACCAGUAGUUAUUUAGUCUAUUUAAGCAUGAUGUUAGAAGGGCAAAACAUUGUUUUGUAUAUAUCAAUCACAUGUAAAUGGCAUCUUGCUUUUGAAAUUGGAUGUAGUUUUUGUAUAAUGAAGACGUAUUGUAUCUAAUAAAUUCAUAGUUUUCUAA